UCUGGCCGCUGAGACUCCCAUCAGGCAGGUGUAAAAAAUAUUUAAAAUGGGUCAUUCUUUAUCAUUAUUAUCUGCAACCCAAGAAAGAUGGCAGCUGCUGCUACCGCUGGAUUGCAAACCAAUUACAUGGGAGGACUGCUCUAUAAUUUCAAUGUCAGAAAUGCAAUUCCUCCCAAACGGCUGAUCACAGUGCGAGCUAACAAAGUUGAGCCUUCAGAUAAAUCUGUAGAAAUAAUGCGGAAGUUUUCUGAAAUAUAUGCUCGUCGAUCAGGCACAUAUUUUUGUGUUGAUAAAGGAGUUACAUCUGUUGUUAUUAAGGGUUUGGCAGAGCACAAAGAUACUUUAGGUGCACCACUCUGCCCUUGUAGGCAUUAUGAUGACAAGGCAGCAGAGGCACAACAGGGGUUUUGGAACUGUCCAUGUGUGCCUAUGAGGGAAAGGAAGGAGUGCCACUGCAUGCUUUUUCUCACACCUGAAAAUGAUUUUUCUGGAAAAGACCAGGAAAUCUCAGCGGAGGAAAUUAAGGCAUUGACUUCUAAUCUAUAACUUAGCAGAUAUUUCCUUAUUUAUGAAGGCAUUGUACCAUAUAUUAUCAACAAGUUUGUAAAAUUCUCAAAGCGUAACAUAUGUGGUCAAGCUACAAUUUUAGGCUAUUUGUCAGACUCUGAAUCAAGCAUCACAUCUCAUCUUCAAUUGGGAAAAUAGUUAUUUUCUUUGUAACUAACUAUAUUUAGAUAGCAAAUUGAAAUAAUGAUCAUUUUCCCACCUCCCAGAUACAACAAAUUUUAAAGAUCUACGGUUCAGCAGGCUUGUCUUCCCACAUGUACAAGUGUCAAUAUAGAAAACUACUACAGAUUUUUAAGUGAUUUUCGAAUUUGUCA